AAACCUUGUUGAUUCCGGGAGGGAGGGAAGAGGGAGAAGGAGAGGGAAAGGGUAAAGAGUGGCCGCUGGCUCUAGGGCUGCGCCGCGGCGGGGCGUGUGUGUGUCGCUGCGCCCGGACCCGCCUCGUCCAGCAGCAAGUGCCGCCUUCAGCUGCUGCCGCCGCGCCUGAGGAGGGAGCCGAGGCUCGCGCCGAGAAGCAUACACCAUGUCUUCUGUUGAUUCAUCAAAAGAAGAUACAAUGUCAUCAGAAAAAACAGAUGAGAAACAACCUGAAACUGAAAACAAAGCCGAGGAAAGUGAUGAAGAUGAAGAAGAGGAAGAGGAGGAAGAAGAAGAAGAAAAGGAGAAGAGUCUCAUUGUUGAAGGAAAAAGGGAGAAGAAGAAGGUUGACCGACUGACCAUGCAAGUGUCCUCGCUGCAGAAGGAACCUUUUACAAUUACACCAGGAAAAGGACAAAAACUGUGUGAAAUUGAGAGGAUACAGUUCUUUCUGAGUAAAAAGAAGACAGAUGAACUUAGGAACCUGCACAAACUCCUCUACAACAGGCCAGGCACUGUUGCAUCCCUAAAGAAGAAUGUGGGUCAGUUCAGUGGGUUUCCAUUUGAAAAAGGAAGUGACCAAUAUAAAAAGAAAGAAGAAAUGUUAAAAAAAUUUAGAAAUGCAAUGUUGAAAAGUAUCUGUGAAGUUCUUGACUUGGAAAGAUCAGGAGUCAAUAGUGAGCUUGUAACCAGAAUAUUAAACUUCCUUAUGCAUCCAAAAUCUUCAGGCAAGCCAUUGCCAAAGUCCAAAAAACCACAAAGCAAAGGUGGCAAAAAAGAGCGCACUAGCUCUGGAACAACAAGAAAAGCAAAACGUACCAAGUACCCAGAGAUCUUGUCAGAUGAAUCCAGUAGUGAAGAAGAUGAAAAGAAGGAAAAGGAUGAGUCUUCAGAAGAAAAAGAAAGCGAAGAUGAGCCCCCUAGAAAAUCAUCUAAAAGAGAAAAAUCUAAGAAGACGACUUCUAAAACCAAGAAGCCUGUGAAGAGUGCAAAUGUCAAGAAGGCAGACAGCAGCACGACUAAGAAAAACCAGAACAGUUCUAGAAAAGAAAGCGAGUCUGAGGAUAGUUCAGAUGAUGAACCUUUAAUUAAAAAACUAAAGAAACCACCCACUGAUGAAGAACUGAAGGAAACUGUCAAGAAUUUGUUGGCCAAUGCAAAUUUGGAGGAGGUUACAAUGAAACAAAUCUGCAAGGAGGUGUAUGAAAAAUAUCCUAGUUAUGAUUUAUCUGACAGAAAAGACUUCAUUAAGAAAACAGUCAAAGAGUUGAUUUCAUGAUCUGAUGUGACUGUGGGAAAUGAAGAUUCCUGGGUUUAUAUUUCCAUGGAUUUGAAGAUCUGAUAGGCACCAGCAAAAGGAAUGUGUCUUACCCUUGUAUUUUUAGUCACAUCUAAUUCUGCUGAUCUAAUGUUAAGAGUGUUAAUGUAAAUUGCUUUGUGUGGGUUUUUUUGUUGUUAAACAGAACUGCAUUUGAUGCAAUUUUUAGUUGAACAUACUUAAGUUUCAUGCAUGGCAAUAAAUGUUCCCUUUUUAUAGUUUUGUACAUUUUGAAUUGCAUUGUAUAACUAGAUUCUUCAGAGCCAUUGUAGCUUUUUAGUGUGGAUUACCAGCGUACAGGAGAUUUUAAAAUUGACUAAGAAGAAAGCUGCUUAUCUACACAUAUACAUGCAGAGACUGGAAUAUUACAGUAUUGGUUACAGAGAUAUUUUGAAUACAUAUUAAUUCUGCAAAUAAGAAGAGUUAGUCACAUAUUAAUCUCUUUUAUAUUCUGAUACAUUCUACAGAUACAGAAUUAUUCUGAAUCUAGACUACAGUCUUGCAUGUGUAGGCACUGAAAGAACUUUCACAGCAUGGUAACUAAUUGGCAUAUAGAUGUUAUUUUUGUACUUCCAGAAAGCUUUUUGUUGUGUAUAUAAAGUUAUUUCAAAUUUCUUUUGUGCAAAUCAGUUUUUUAAUCUUGGUAUCUUUGAAUUUAUGACAUGAAAUGUCAGUGUUCAGCAGUGAGGCAGUGAUAACAAGUGGUGUGCAGAAGUUUCAUGAAAAUGAGCUGACGUUUUAUGAUGUUUGUCUCAUCUUACCUUGUACAAAAACUAAACUGUAGGUUUAUACCUGUAGUUUAACUUUAUACAAAGACUACAGACAUUGUUUCAAUAUCUUGGAUGUAGUAAAUAAAAUCCCUCCAAAGGCAAUAGGAAAAUUUCUAGCAUCUCACAAGUGGAUAUCCAAGGUACACAGCUGGAGGCUUGAUAGCUUUGGAAAUCCACAGUAGGGCUUCCAAAUUGGAUAGCACUGAUGUGAACAUGUGUUUAACCUCUCUUCUGUGUGGGAAAGCUUUUCUGAACCUGAGCUUCAUUGCCUCAGCAUGAACAAUGGUACUUGUAAGCCUGCAGUCUUUAACUGUGGCUGGCAGCUUUUAGGAUCAAAGUAAAUUCUGUGUAAGUUUUUGUUUAGGUUUUCUCCAUACACCUUGUUUCUAAUAUCGGACGUCCUACACUUAAAAUCAUGAAACUAAGCUGCCAGAGUGUGGGCAGCCAUCACACCAUGAACACAUCUGACUAGUAUUGCUGGAAAGACAAAGUGUAUUUUUUUGAAUUUUAUUAUUGUACAGUUGAGAAGUAAGGGUUCAUAAAUUAUCUAAAUUCCAAAAAUGUUCAGCCAGUUAGACUGUUGAUCUUACACACACUUUUGAAUUUCUUUGCGUGUGAUCAUUUAUAAUAAGGCUGAAUGUAAUGGGGAUUUUUUGUAUUCAAUAAAUGUCUUUCACAAAAAUGUAAAUCAGUUUUAAUCUAACAUUUGCUUACAUGUAUAGUAAAAAAAAAACUGUACAGGGA